AUGUAUGAAUAAGAACCGAAAAUCGAGGACAACGAAGACAAACUGGAGGAUCUGGGUUUGCAUGGUUGUUUUGCAAGGUUGGGAUAUGGAUGGAUGGAUGGAUGGCAGGGGAAUAGAAAUCGGAGAUUCGGGCCGACGGAUGCCGUUUUCGCGGAGGGAUGACAUCUUUCUCCUCAUCUCUUUCUUUGUCUUUCUUUCCCCAUCUUACUUUCCUUCGACGAACCAAUAGAUUAUAUCCAUAGAACAACAAAUGUCCCUCAAGCCAGAGCACGAGUUGACUGUCCCGGCGCACCUGCCGGACCCGGUGCUGAUUAUCGUUAUGGGACCCGCAUCUUGGUGAGCUUCCCCUCCAACAAACAUCAUCCACCAAACAAACCAAAACUAUACAAUCCGUGCUGAUACGUGCUCUUAUCAGCGGCAAGUCCACAAUAGGCACCGACCUCGCGUCCGCCCUCCACAUCCCCUUCAUCGACGGCGACUCGCUCCACCCAAAAUCGAAUGUAGAGAAGAUGUCGAGGGGUGAGGCGUUGAGUGAUGAGGACCGGUUGCCUUGGUUGGCGCUUAUACGUUCCACGGCGGAACGGGUUUGUAAGGAGGAGAGUGAGAAGGGGGAGGUGGAGGGUGGGAAGGCUGGGGAAGGGGGGAUAGGAAGGCCGGGGGUGGUGAUUGCUUGUUCGGCGUUGAAGGGGUGGUAUAGGGAUAUCCUGAGGGGCGUUGUGGAAGCUGAUCCGCCCCCCAAAGACGACUUGGUGGAAGACCACCCCGCCUCAAACGCGCACCACCGCGCGACGUCCAACCUGAAAACAUACUUUGUCUACUGCUGCGGCACGCCCGAGCUGCUGCACGAGCGGAUCGCGGCGAGGAAGGGCCAUUUCUUUGGGGCGCAGAUGUUGCAGAGCCAGCUGGCGAUUCUGGAGGAUCCGAGCGGGGAGGAGGAUGUUGUGGUUGUGGAUAUUGAUGGGACGAGGGAGGUUGUUGGGGAGAGGGCUGUGAGGGGGGUUAGGAGGUUGUUGGAGGGGGUGCCGAAGUAG